CGAAAUAAAAAGGUUUUUAUUAAUUUUUUGUGCAUUUCUGCGUGCAGUUUUUUAAACAGGGCUGCUUUAGUGCAUAGACCUUUCUCAAUUGAUGUUGUGCUGUUACAAACAGGCUAAAUAUGGUAGGUUAAUGAAGUAAUUUUAUAAUUACUUAGUUUUACACUUUUACUUUCUAUUUUAAUAGAAUGUUUGAUUACUUUGAUACUUUGGUUACAUAUUAAUAAUAUAAAAUGAACUUCUAAUAAAAGUAGUAAAUAUAUAUAGAGCAUAGUCACUUUUGUUGGUUUGUGUUGAGCAUUUAACAAAAGUGUGUAUUUGUUUGUUGUCAUUUAUAUUUGUUGUCCAAUGUUGAAAGUUUAUAUCUUGCAACCGAGAUAUAAUUGCAUGAGCAUGCAGUUUUGAUGUCACUGUAUAUUAACUAUCAAAGUUGUUGAUAUACAGCAUUGGGUGAGCAAUUUUGACAUUUUUUAUUCAGAAUUGUUGCAAUGUCACGUUUCUAGCAGAUUGACAAGCGUUGCUAGGCAGUGAACUAUAGGCAUGCAAAUAAUCUAUAGAUUCUGAGGCAGAUCUACCAGGGGUAUGAUACGCACCCCUCGGACAUUCCAACUCUCCCGAUUUUACCGGGAGUCUCCCGAAAAUUCAUGCAACCUCUCGGUCUCCCAAUUUUUAUCAAAUUCUCCCGAUUUUUCAGAAUAUUCAGGAAAUAUUAUAAGAAAAUUAUAAAUAUACUGUUUUUAGCAACAUAAUAGUCUGUCUCGGAUCUUUUUUGAAGUUACUUUAUGGCAAUUUAUAUAUUCAUUUAUAACAACAUAGUCCCAAAAUGCAGGAAAUGCCAUUUCAGAAGACUUAAUUUCUAUUAUUUUUUCCCAGAAGAACUAGAUUUCAAUUCACUGAACAGUCUCCCUAAAUUUUACCUCCAGUAGUUGGAAUGUCUGACCCCUCCUACUAGUGUCCAGCACCCCCUGGCCCUAGUGGUGUCCAACACUCUUUUAGAAAAUUCUGGUAUUCCAUAGUAAAUUUAGAUUUCCUACCUUUUGAGUUGUGAGUACUACUUAUUAUAUUCAAAUGAUUGAUUUUCCAUUAUGCAAGAUAUAAGUAUCCAAGCACCAAUAUGGCUGGUUACCAUAUGACAUAACACUUUUCUUAAUUUUUACCUGAAAUACAAGUACUGUGAGGACAAAUUUAACAAAUAAAUGCAGUGCUCAGAAUGCAGGAAAUGAUAUUUACUGUCGUUCCAAUUGAAGUGUUGCUAAAAUAUUGAUUCAAUACAUUACCUCGGGCUGACCAAUUCAUUUGAUCAAGUUCCUCGAGAUAUUCAUACACUUCCUGUGAAAGAGCCAAUUCCAAGUAUUUGAUCAUUUCUGGUCACUUCCUUUCUAUUUAUGAUUGGUUAGUUGCACAAACAACAAAGGUGAUUGGUGCAUUCAAACUAUUCAACAGGAAGUUUACAAUUAUACUAGGAAGUGUAUGAAUAUCUCGAGGAACUUGAUGAAAUGAAUUGGUCAGCCCGAGGUAAUGUAUUGAAUCAAUACCUGUAUUUGAGCAACACUUCAAUUGGAACGACAGUAAGGCUUCAAAUUUCAAAAAUGUUCACCAUAGUAAUGCAACCCCCCCCCCUAGAAAACCUCCCCCUCUAACAAAUGAGGGCAGGCCCACCCCUGUGUAGAUUUAUUUGAUCCACUUCUUUGCUUUAUGUAGUUUAAUGUGGCAUGCAAAGAGAAAGAUGGUAACUAAAGAUAAGUUUCUAAUUCAAAAUGAUCAAUUAUUUCAUGAAGUUAAUAAAUAUCUCACUGACUAAAUUUGAAUAACUAAUAAGACCAUGCAUGUUUACAGCUCAUGAGGAAAGUAUCUGGUGCGUAUCUUGGACAACAAAUGAGGAGAAUGUCGACAGUAUUCUCAGUGGUGCUGUUGAUGACCUUGUUAAAUGCUGGAAAUGGUAAUAAUGUUAUUUAUAGGCAAAUAAAAUUGUUGGAUUUUGAAACAUUUUCAUGUAAAUUGUCAUUGGCAGCAGUCUGCAAUAAAUUAUUUUUUAUUCAAUUCAGGAACAAUGAAGAAUUAGAACUGAGAUAUAAUUUUGAAGGGCAUCAACUUGGAAUAGUGUCUGUGGACAUAAAUGCCUCUGGCACAGGUAGGAUUCUAUAGUCAGACAUCUAUAUAUGGACACCUCUCUAAUAUGAACAUCUCUCUAAUAUGCACACCUCUUAGAGAUGUGUCCCUAUUAGAGAGGUGUCCCUGUCCUAAUAGGGACACCUCUCUAAUAGGGACACAUCUCUAAUAGGGACACAUCUCUAAUAGGAACACCUCUCUAAUAGGGACACUUUUCUAAUAGGGACACCUCUCUAAUAGGGACACCUCUCUAAUAGGGACACCUCUCUAAUAGGGACACCUCUCUAAUAGGGACAACUCUCUAAUAGGGACAACUCUCUAAUAGGGACACCUCUCUAAUAGGGACACCUCUCUAAUAGGGACACCUCUCUAAUAAGGACACUUCUCUAAUAGGGACACCUCUCUAAUAGAGACACCUCUCUAAUAGGGACACCUCUCUAAAUAUAGGGACACCUCUCUAAUAGAGACACCUCUCUAAUAGGGACACCUCUCUAAUAGGGACACCUCUCUAAUAGGGACACCUCUCUGAUAGGGACACCUCUCUAAUAGGGACACCACUCUAAUAGGGACACCUCUCUAAUAGGGACACCUCUCUAAUAGGGACACCUCUCUAAUAGGGACACCUCUCUAACAGGGACACCUCUCUAAUAGGGACACCUCUCUAAUAGGGACACCUCUCUAAUAGGGACACCUCCCUAAUAGGGAUACCUCUCUAAUAUGGACAAGGUCUCUCUAAUAUUGACACCUCUCUAAUAUACACACCUUUCUCUAACAUAAACACCUUUCUCUAAUAUAAACCUUUCCCUAAUAUUAAAAUCUCCCUAUGAUGGUAGUUUCCAAUGUAUCUUCUGCAUAACAUAUCUUCUUUUAAAGAAACCUGUAUGCCUCUCUAAACAUAACUUUGCAUAUUACAUUAGGGAGGCUUAAUCAGCAUGUGCCUCUAAUCAGCCUCUGUAUAUCUAUUUCAGCAUUUGGGUUUAAAAUGACAAAAAUGAUAAAAACUACUUCAAAUAAUAAAAAAGUUACAAAGUUUGCAGUAUCCCAUGGUGCACAUGCGUAAAUACACAUCAUAUCUUCUACUGUAAUCAAAGGCCCUUCUUCAAAGGCAAUAGGGCGUAAAAAAAAAUACCUGUGGUUCCGGUUUCAUGUCACGAAAAAAUUAGGGUCUGUAGGUCGGAAAUAAUUUUUUUUUGAAUAUUUUUUUCAUGGUUUUUUCAAUAAUUAGUGUGACAACAGAUGCCAUUUUGGCAGUAGCCCGCAACCACCCGGAGAAAAUAGGGUCGCACGGUCAAUCGCGUUGAAAAAAUAACAGGGUCGGCAGAAAAAAAAAAGGGUCGGUCGGGAACCGGAACCACAGGUAUUUUUUUUUACGCCUAGAUACUAUUUUGGCAAAGUUGAACAUGUCAAGUAAGGAUUUCUAAAUCUCAGUCAAAUGACAUAGUGGCUGACUGAGUGAUCCUAAUUCUUGCAAUGGUGACCAUUAUGGAAAAAAGAUGACUACCAAAAAUAAUUUUAUUGUAUUUGUAUUAUACAUUUUUCAGUUGCAGCCUCCAGCUCGAUGGACAGCCAUAUCAGACUAUGGGAUCUUGACAAUGGCAAACAAAUAAAAUCCAUUGAUUGUGGUCCUGGUAAGAGUCCAUAGAUUACUUCUGGUUGCAAGCCACAAGGCAAGGCUUUUUUGAAAGUUGUGAAAAAUAUAGAGUUUAUAAAAUUUAUUUUUAUCUCAUUUUGAAAGUUGAUACGUGGACUGUGAGUUUCUCGCCAGAUGGCAAGUUCAUAGCGACUGGAACACAUUCAGGAAAAAUAAAUAUUAUUGGAGUUGAAAGUGGCAAAAAAGAAAGUGUUUUGGAUACAAGAGGGAAAUUUAUUAUGAGCAUUGCUUAUGUAAGUUUAACACUGCCAUAAUAUUAACAUUUUGGGUCAAUUUUUUGUCGACGUUUUUGUAAAGUUACUUUGUUUAAACUUUUUAGAGUCCAGAUGGUAAAUAUAUAGCAAGUGGUGCGAUUGAUGGAAUCAUUAAUAUCUUUGAUAUUGCCACUGGAAAAUUGGUUCACACGUUAGAAGGUUGGUAGAACUUGUUGUUGUUGUUGGGAGAGUCAGAAAAUACAUUUGCUAGCAAGUGAUAGAACAUAAUGCAUGCAAUAUGACGGAUUCUUUCCGAACUAUUUGAGGCAUGUUUUGCACUUACUGACUAAAUUAAUAAUUUAUGAAUUAUAAAUUAAUUAUUCGUUUUAUCAUUGUUGUACCGCGCAUGUACUGUAUAUAUUUGUAUGUUUUUACACGGUUUAAAUAUUGACAAUAUUGUAAAUAAUUGUAGUUUUGAUGCAAUCACGUAUAUGUGAUGUGUGUAUCCUUGAUAAUUAUUAUUAUCGUUUGGGUACCAUGAAUUGCAACCUGACUGAGGACACGAGCAACUCUGAAAUAAUAUUUUGUCAUUUUAUUUCCAGGUCAUGCUAUGCCAAUCAGAUCGCUGACAUUUUCUCCAGAUUCACAGCUGUUGAUCACUGCCUCAGAUGACAACCACAUCAAGAUGUACGAUGUGUACCAUUCAAUGCGGAAAUAAUUGCUCCUUUUUAUUCUACCCUAUGUUUAUAGUUAAAACCUAUCUGUAAAUUGCUACCCAGGACCAUUUAUCUAGAGGGAGAGAAGAGUGCAUCCUUACGUAGCUUUUCCGUUAUCUUUUGAGCUUCGUUAUCCAUAAUGUCUCUGACCAGCUCUCCUUCAUCUCUUCUUAAUUACUAUGUGCCAUACAAUCUCAACCUUGCUUCCCUCAUCUUUACAUCGUCUUUAUUCUAUGAUGUUUCUGACCAACUCAGGGUUGUCAGAAUUAUUCUGAGUAGAUGGAUGUGUUGAUAAAAUAGGCGGCUGCGGUGAUGGUGGACGGUCUAUGGAGUCUUAAAGUCAUCCAAAUUAACUGGUGUAUAUUGGUUAGAUAGCAACACAAGUGAGCUCUGUAACCAAAUUAUAAUGUAUUACUACUUUCAUUCUUCAACAAGAUAUCUUCAAGAUUUAAGCAAAUAACUAAAUUAGUUUUACGAAAUAACUAAAUUAGUCUACCAACUCAUCCUCCUUAUCAUGGCUAGUAAGAUAUGUCAGUAUUGAGAUCACUGGUAUAGCAAUAGGCUCAGUUCUGCCACAGUUUAUCCGCAAUGCUCUGCACUUCAGAGUACUGAAUACAAGAAAGUUUUCAUCGCAGGAACAGUAUAGAAAAUACACUUAAUAUGGAAAGAUUUAAAUGAUCACUGUUCUGUUGUUGUUUUUCUUUACUUCUCUUUCUGAAAAACAGGCAGCAUGCAAAUCUUGCAGGUACGUUAUCUGGUCAUGGAUCAUGGGUUCUCAGUGUCGCAUUCUCACCGGAUAACUCCCACUUCGCAUCGAGGUAAGGUGAUCAGUGAUCGCAUUGUCCUGACUUAGGCGGUUAGGCCCCGUUUACAUGAGACCGGGACGAAGUCAAACCGGAAUGAAAAUUGAAAUUGUCAACAUGUUUACAUGAGAUCGGUACGAAAAUCACAACUACAUUUUCAAUUUAUUCCCCUUGCCAGGCAAUUUUCUUUUUUAGAUGGCUUUUGUUAGCAUGUAUCGGGCCUCGAAUUUCCCUGAAAUCAAUCGACGGCAAUGGCGUUAAAAAAUUGCCGUAGAACGUAACAGCUGUCUACGGCAAUUUUGGCAGUUUCCACGGCAUUUUUUCAAAUUACUGUAACAAAAAUUUAAUUUUAUUGUUAAUAUAGUAAUUUAGUGAAUAGUAUAAAAAUUAUACUAUACGGCAAAAAAUUGCCGUCGUUUCCGCAAUGAUCCACGGCAGUUUGUACUCCCUCUACGGCAAUUGCCGCGAUAAAAUUCGAGCCCUGGCAUGUGUUGUUCCAAUGUCAAGGUUACAACCGAGACCGGUCUGAAAUGUAUUUGUGUUUACAUUCAUCCCAGUCUGAAUUCAUGCCGGUCUGAAGUCAGUCGGCUCUGUCCAGCAGGCGGAAUAACUUGAUACCGGUCCGAGUUAUUUUCGUCCUGGUCUCAUGUAAACAUCUAUUAUAAAUAAUACUAUGACCGAAACAAAAUGGUCCCGGUUUGACUUCUUUCCGGUCUCAUGAAAACGGAGCCUUAUUUAAGGUCAUUUGCAUGUAUGGAUGCAUCAUUAUCAAGACAGACAAAUUAAAAGUAAAAAUCUCACAACUUGUCAACAAGAUGUGUUCGCACAGCUUGUUCGCAGUUGUUGACAAGUCUAGAACUUGAUCUUGCAACAAGGUUGGUGAGGUCAACAGACUCUCAACAAUUUGUUCCAACAAGUCUGAUAUCGUCUGGACGUAACAAGUUGUUAACAAGUCGACGACAACAAGCUCGUAACAACUUGUUACGAACAGCCUGUAUUAGUCUUGUUGGGACAACUCGUAGCAAGUCUGUUACCGUCAUCGAUCUUAUAACAAGGUGAUAACUUGUUCCAGACUUGUCACAACAACUGGGAACAAGCAUUGCGAACACAUCCUGAUGUCGGCUUUACAACAAUCUUGUAACAACUUGUUUGCAGAUCUAUAACAACUUGUGCGAUUUCACGUGUGUAUUUUACGUAGUUCUAGUGACAAGACGGUGAAGAUUUGGGAUGCUGGAUCAAGACAAUGUCUUCAUACAUUUUAUGAACACUCAGAUCAAGUGAGUGAGGCCAGUGAAUGUUGACAUUAAUAUUUACGGCCCUUGCUUAGAUGUAAUAGGCAACUUGCAUGUUAGACUAAUUUUUGAUCUAGGCGAAAACGGUAAAUUCCCGUAAAGAACUUAUUAAAAUUAGUAAAAUUGAAAAAAAUUGCUUACGAAAUGUUGUAAAAUACGGAAAAUAUAGCCUUGCGAAGUUUGCAUAUUUUGUAUAAUUUACCAUUUUUGAGCCGAAAAUGGUUACAAUUUCCGCACGUAAUACAAACAUAUACAAAAUUUGCAAACUUUGCAAGACUAUAUUUUCCAAGCUUUACAACAUUUCGCAACCAAAUUUUGCAAUUUUACUAGUUUCAUUAUGUUCUUCUUAGCUGUGGAGUUUGAUUCCCUUCUCUUUGCUUAGAUUAAAAUUUAGUCUAACAUGCAAGUUGUCCAUUAAGGGACAAAAUGUUUUCAAUAUUUUUCUAGGUUUGGUGCGUAAAAUACAACCAAAGUGGAACGAAAGUGGUUUCCGUAUCAGAUGACAAAUCUAUCAUUGUUUACAAUUGUCCAACGUAAAGAAGUUUUUCUCGCGCGCAGCUAGUUGUCAAUGUGAAAUAGUCUGGAUCUAUCUUAUCUUGUACACUGUUUGCGAAUCAGCGUUUACUAAUGCCCAGGAUGUAUGUUUGAUAUUUUAAUAAUUUUAAAAUCAGAGACUUCUCGGCGCAAAGAGUCGUUGGAGAAACGAAGGUUGUCUAAGAACAGUUGUAUCAGGUGGUCGCUUAAUUAUAGCGCCUUUAUGAUAAUUGCUAAGAAAUAAAAAUUCACUGAACAUUGCAAAGGUCACUAAGAGGCUGUUUAUAUAGAAACGGGGCUGUGCCGGUUAGCGAGAUAGCCCGGUAAGCAAGUAGUUAUUUUUAUAGCAAAAAUUACCUUGCGUUUAUAUGGACAAAGUUUAAAGAUGCCCCCCGCAUGCUAUUUUUAACAACUGUCAAAAUAAUGUCAAAACAACAAAAUUGUCUCCUAUGAACAUAUGAAAUUUUCUCAUAUGAACACAAGAGAAUUUCAUCCUGCUUGCAGGGCUGUCUUGCUAAGUGGGCUUCCUUAUAAACAGUCCCUAAGCCUGAGGGAUGAAACAUACGAGCAAGUGUGUCUUAUAAACUUUUAUUUCUUCCUAAUAAUUAUUAGCAAAUUUUACAAUUUGUAAAAUAUAUGUAUACGGGUAUACCAGACCUCCAAUUUUGUACGAAGCCCACUUUGAUAGCUAGAAUAGAAAAUUUGAGAACACAAGUUGAGCUCGCUAAGAUGCGCAAUGUAAACGCUUGGGAGUGAUUGUGCCCUGCAAAAUUAAGGUCUGCAACUAUUCCUUCUAACAAAGUAAUUGAUAACACACAUCCACCAUAAUAUUAAUAUAUAAUGCAUUGUCAUGUAAACUUUGAUGCAAUAGCUAAAACUUUAGAAUACUUGUCUCUUUGCUUGCGUAAUAUAUUUGGUAUCGGUCCUCGUAUUCUCGUCCCAAGAGGUGCCAAAUUUUCAUCGAGCAGGACGACAUUAUUAUUGUCGUAUCUUGGUACCAUAUUGUUGCCUUUUGGUUUUCUUGACCCCACGAUCAGUGCAUUGCAUGUUUGCCCCCGCACCGCAACUUUGAUGACAUCGCCAAUAUCCGCUGUUUGUCGUUUGUUGUUUUUAAAGAAACCAAUUGCAUAUGCUUUCUUAUAUCUCUUCGUUCGUUGGCCCUGUUUACUGUUGUCAACAACAUUGAACUUUGUGAGCAAUGUGAUCGAGCGAGAUGAGUUCAACAUUCCUUGCUGAAAGUAAAGAAAUAUCAGCUGUAAAUAUUACCUAA